AUGGCUCUCUUCCUGGCAUCAAUGGUUGUGUUAUUCAGUUUAGCAAGUGCAUUAUCAUGUCAAUCAAGAACAGACUACUUAAAUAAUCAUUGCCUCAAUAGUGACCCAAGAAUUCCUCCACAAAAUGAUAAAUGUAUAGUAUCGAGGGACACACUAAUCAGAGUUUUGAGAUGGAUCAUAUCGUUAAUAAGUCAGUUACAAGAAGCAGGAGAGAUAGCAAGAGAACAAGAAGCAGGGAAUGCGAAAAUAACUCAGUUCAGUACCUACCCUUGUAGAUCAUUUUCCUUUUUUCCAAUUUAUUACCGAAACAAUUUGCCAUGGUGUAACUAA